CCCUGCGCCGCGCCGCGCCUUGCCAUGUCUUGCCUAUGGGAUUGCAAGAGGCAGCCAUGGGAUUUCCAUUGAGGGUCAACCGCUUGUUCCGUGCCCCUCUUUCCGCUCCUCCAUGUCCACAGUGCCUGCCGCUGAUCAUCUCCACGUUCUCUACAGUACGAUUCCCUCCUGCAGUGGAACAGAACACAUGCCAAUCCAAUGAGAUGCGCCUUGUGCCAUCGCUCCGUAGAAACAUCAACAUCCUACUGUAGGCAGAUAUCGGAGGUGGCAAAUAUCCGCCAACCGCACUCCACUCACUCCUCAGAUCCCCCCCGCAGACAUACUUUAAGCUCCAUGCGCACAAGCCCACUACUGAAGUCAAAAGAAAACUCCUGCCAGUCAACUGCGAGAACUCCUUCUAGAAUAACACCCAGCAUUGCACAAACACGUAAAGUAUUGUACAACAAGCUGCUCGGGAACGCCACAUCGCGCAAGACUUCAGAGCAGCAGCCUUCUGCAGAUAGUCAUCGUGGCCCGCUUGGGAAAGUUAGAUAUCAACACGCUGCUGCUGCAAAAGAAUACCGAUAGAGCCGAAAGGGACUAGGGCACCUCCGACCUUGUCUCAUCGCCACACCGAUGGAUGAAUGAUUGCAUGCAUGUCAUGAAGCAACUCCAGAACAAUUGCGAUAUUGCGUCUCUUACCUCCUUCAAGAGGCAGUCAAGUAUACUCUGAGCGUCAGUCGCUCCCCGACUCGUGGACUCCCCCCAGCGCUAUCGUUGCCCCCGCGCCGUCCAUUUCGAACGACACGACACCUUGCACGCCCUGAUCAACCAGCGCCGACCUCCUAUUCCUGGUUCGCAGAGCCGCCGAAGCUUUAGCGCAGCAUUACAACGACGUUGGCAAACUUCAUGCAUUUCAGACAUAUUUACGGAUAGUUGAGACUGCCAGCACCACCGCGACGGUGCCCCUGGGCAGGGGAACAGAAGACAUCAUUUGGACAGGUCUUUGCAGCCGUACGAGCUGGAGACUGUACCGUAAUACACAAUGUUGUCGGGGGAAGAUAUCGCAGGUCUUGAAACGACCCAGAAAGGGCCUGCAUCUCCUCUCACGGUGGAUAUACCAAACAUGGAGACAGCUGAGAGCCCAGGGGGUAAUGAUUCCCCUUCCCCUUCAUUGCAGUCUCCGAAAACAACAGAAGCCCCAACAGAAGCGGACAUCCAGAAACCUAGACUCGCAGCCUCCGAUGUACACAAUACUUUCAACCCAAUUUCCACGACUGACGGCGUCUCGUCCUGGAGCGCAAGUUCAGACCAGCAGCUGGCAAGUCUAGGCUCUUUCAGCGACCGUGUUUAUCCCAUAAGAAGUGUGGUUAGCGUCGACCACACGCAAACCCCAUUCACACUACCAGGUCGCUCUUCAGCGGAACAUCAAGACUACUUUCCACCUGGCGCUGCUGGUGUUGAUAUUGCUGCUGGUCCACGGUCACGAAAUCGCCAAGCGCAGUCUAUGUCCGAACAGGAUGGCCCGCCGCACAGAGCGGCACAUGGUAGAUAUGAACGAAAGGGAUCUGUUUCGACAACUUAUGGUGACGAUAGAUAUGGUGGAGCAAGGAUGCAGCUUUUUAGCGACGCCACAUCGGACAAGUCCAAUGGUGGAACCAAUUCUGCUAGUCUUCAGGGAACGCAAGGAACUGGUGGAACAGGCAAACAAUCCUCCAUAGGGAACUCUUCCGAGGUGGAGUCAAUCCCUGGUCUGAUAACCGCAAGAUUCAAGCAUAUUGUCACUGCAGAAGGUCACGCUGUCAUUACAGGUCGCGAUGGAGAAACCCUACAGCGCUGUGAGGACGAGCCUAUACAUAUUCCUGGAGCUGUUCAAAGCUUCGGCCUGCUCAUUGCCUUGGAAGAGCUCGAAGAUGGCGAGCUACUCGUCCGAGUCGUCAGUGAGAACUCCAAGCGAAUCAUCGGUUACUCGCCACAAGACUUGUUCAAGCUCAAGAGCUUCACCGAUAUCUUAAGCGAGGAACAAUGUGACAAUGUGUUGGACCAUAUCGAUUUUAUUCGAGACGAUGAGGCGGAUCCGGCUACCAAUGGACCUGAGGUCUUCACUAUCACCAUUCGAUCCCCAGUUGCCCCAAAAAGAAAUCAGAAACUAUGGUGUGCGAUGCACAUUAACCCUGCGAACCCGGACUUGAUCAUCUGUGAAUUCGAGCUAGAUGAUGACACUCUGUAUCCAUUAGUCCCGCCCAACGACAAAACACCCGAACCGCCUGAAGAUACCCUUGGAAGUAGGCCGACAAGAGAAGAAUUCGAUGAAAGCACGCACAUAACAAGCAAGCCUCUACGAGUGCUUCGCAGUGCAAGGAAACGAAAAGGCGAAGCAGCAGCCAUGGAGGUUUUCAACAUAAUGUCACAGGUCCAGGAACAACUGGCAUCCGCUGUGAAUCUCGACAGCUUUUUAAAGGUUUUGGUUGGUGUUGUUAAGGAACUCACCGGAUUUCAUCGCGUCAUGAUCUACCAAUUUGAUCAUGCAUUCAAUGGCCGUGUUGUGACCGAAUUGGUCGAUCCUCGAGCAACCAAGGAUCUCUACAAAGGGCUUAACUUCCCCGCAUCGGACAUUCCAAAGCAAGCUCGGGACUUGUACAAAAUAAAUAAAGUACGCCUUCUUUACGACCGAGACCUAGAGACCGCACGGCUUGUUUGUCGAGAUGUGCAAGAUCUUGAGACCCCUUUAGAUCUGUCCUUCAGCUAUCUACGAGCGAUGUCACCUAUUCACAUUAAGUACCUUGCCAAUAUGGCUGUACGGUCGAGUAUGAGCAUAUCCAUAAAUGCUUUUAAUGAACUAUGGGGCUUGAUUGCCUGCCACACCUACGGCAGCAAGGGUAUGAGAGUGUCUUUUCCAAUCAGAAAGAUGUGUAGGUUGGUUGGUGAUACCGCUUCGAGGAACAUUGAAAGGCUAUCAUAUGCCUCUCGACUUCAAGCUCGAAAGCUCAUCAACACGGUCCCGACUGAGAGCAAUCCUUCUGGCUACAUCAUUGCCUCGUCUGAUGAUCUCCUCAGACUCUUCGAUGCUGAUUUUGGACUCCUCUCAAUUCGUGGUGAGACAAAGAUUAUGGGCAAAGUUGAUCAGUCCCAGGAAGCUUUAGCCAUGUUGGAAUAUUUGCGGCUUCGGAAGAUAACGUCUGUAAUCACAUCACAGGAUAUCAGAAUUGAUUUUCCAGACCUUAAAUACGCUCCGGGUUUCGACGUGAUUGCUGGUCUUCUACUAGUUCCACUCAGUGUUGGUGGCAGCGACUUUAUUGUAUUCUUCCGAAGAGGGCAAUCGAAAGAGGUUAAAUGGGCUGGCAAUCCGUACGAAAAGUUCAUCAAAGAAGGGACCGAGGGAUAUCUCGAGCCAAGGAAGAGUUUCAAAACCUGGAGCGAAACUGUGAUUGGUAAAUGUCGCGAAUGGACAGAAGAACAAGUCGAAACGGCAGCUGUUCUUUGCCUGGUAUAUGGCAAAUUUAUCGAAGUUUGGCGUCAGAAAGAAGCCGCCUUGCAAAGCAGCCAGCUCACAAGGUUACUGCUUGCAAACUCGGCACAUGAAGUCAGAACUCCACUCAAUGCCAUCAUCAAUUAUCUAGAAAUAGCCCUUGAAGGAGCUCUCGACCAGGAGACGAGAGACAACUUAUCAAAAUCACACUCGGCAUCGAAAUCACUCAUUUACGUUAUCAAUGACCUUCUCGAUUUGACCAACACCGAGGAAGGACAGGCCUUGAUCAAAGAUGAGGUUUUCGAUCUAUUGGCCACCAUACGAGAAGCAACCGACUCUUUCAAAGGCGACGCGAAGAGGAAGGGGCUCGUUUACGAAGUUGUGGAGCACCCUGGAGUGCCAACUUUUGUUCUUGGCGAUCAAAGACGAGUGAGACAAGUGAUUGCAAACGUGACGGCAAAUGCUGUGCAGCAUACGAAAGAGGGGUCAGUCCGGGUCGAGGUGUGGCUUCAGGAGAUCACAGAAACCACUGCGACUGUUGAGGUAAUAGUGCAAGAUACUGGAAUAGGCAUGUCAAAUGAGCUGCUCGACUCUUUAUUCAGGGAUCUUGAGCAGGUAUCAACUGAAGGCGAAGAAGACCAACCUUUCAAUCCCGAGUCUUCCACGCAAGGAAAGGAAACGAAAACUUUGGGUCUGGGACUUGCAAUGGUUGCCAGAACGGUUCGCAACAUGGAUGGACAACUGCGACUGAAAUCUGAGGAAGGAAAAGGCUCCCGUUUCGUCAUGCAGUUGCCUUUCUCACUUCCGGACUCCGAUUCGUCCGAGACCGAGACAGCAGAUACAAGGGAGACCCCAACGCCAUUACCUGUCACCACGCCUCCAACCGUGUCUGAUAUCAAGGGCGAAGUUACGCUUGUGCAGAAGGCGAGCUCUCUCAAGCUAGCAGAUCAGGCGGUCCAACGUAAGCGCAGUCUCGAGGAAGCUAGCCUACACAGCUUCAAAAGCGGCUCUAGCAACAAAAGCAACAAGAGUAACGCAAGCAAGAAGAGUGACGUGGAUCGAUUGAUCGAUGCCAUUUCCGGGCCAUUGGAUAUCGGGGAGGCAGAAUCCGAAGAGCAAGCCCUUCAGCGAACAACAAGUCGAGGAAGUGGGCACAGCCGCAAGAGCGCAUCUAGCGUUGGGUCGACUCCGGUCCGUACAAGUCAUGAACGGCCAGGAAUGUUGUCGCGGUCAAGAUCUUAUGGGGCUCCAGAACACCUGCGCAGAUCUUAUGAGGGUCCCCCAGGGGCAGAGUUUGUGACAGACAACAAGACUCUACUGAAGGCCGUCAGGAUGCCUGAAGAAUUCGACCAGCCGCCCACACCACAUGUUGCGUCCAAGGUUUUGUUCGAAAUACCUGAUAAGGAAACAGACAAUGUCUCCGCACAGCCACACAAAAAGCAAGAUGCGGAGCACCUACAGGUUCUAGUAGCCGAGGAUGAUCCCGUCAACAGUAGAAUCAUUCUCAAAAGGUUGGAGAAAAGCGGUCAUAAAGUACACCACACCGUCAAUGGAGAAGAUUGCGCUAGUGCUUAUGGAGAGAAGCCUGCAUUCUUCGAUGUGGUGCUCAUGGACAUGCAGGUAAGAAUUUUCAUUCCCGGGGAUAGAAGAUGUAUCUAGGCAGUCUGGGGACUUCCAGAUCAAUCUUUCUUGCCCCCCGCAAGAUGGUUCCAGAUGAGUAGACUGAUACCGUUUUAGAUGCCAAUCGUGGACGGGCUCACCUCCACCAAGAUGAUUAGGUCGUACGAGAAAUCCCACCCAGAUAGCAAACUUUCCACACGUGCAAUGAGCAAUGGCCGUGUACCAAUAUUUGCUGUAUCCGCGUCGCUUGUCGAGCGCGAACGUCAGACGUACAUCAAUGCUGGAUUUGAUGGCUGGAUCCUAAAGCCAAUCGACUUCAAACGCUUGAAUAUCCUGUUGGCGGGUAUUGUUGAUGACAAGACGCGAAACUCAUGCCUGUACAAGCCUGGCGAAUGGGAACGAGGCGGAUGGUUUCAUCGACGUCAAUUACCAUCAGUCCUUCAAGCUUCAACCACCCCCUCUGGCGAGAAGCCAUCAGCAUGUCAGCCGGAUGAAUACCGCGACAAAAGCUCUAGCCAUGGCAGUAGCGAAUCAGGAUCAACUACACCAACAGAGAAUAAACGACCUCUGAUCCACGACGAGCGCCUUGAUAUCCCGAGAUCUGUCUCAGGAGAUAGUUACUUUCCACCUACAUCGCCAUCUACAGAGACGACAACCGAGACAAGUACUUCAGCUAGCGAACACGUCAAGACUCUUUAGCCGCCAAGCAGUGCAGAACCUUGAGAGUUUCUCGCGAUUCCCACACACAAAGGCGUACAUUUACUCAGCCCGGAGCACACAAACGGAGGAAGCGUAGAAAUCCACCCAUGUAUAUACUCACGGACCGUCUUCCUCAAUACGGUUCGUCAGCCAUUUUUUUCAAGCAUUUUUGUGAGAGCGGGAGUUCAGAAAGGCGUUACUUUGGUCGAUGAUGACGACGGAAAUAUCAUACACGAGACAGGAUUCAGAACAGCGGAUUUUGCUUGCAACUUUAUAUAGGCGCGGAAGAUAUCUGAGGGUUCUGGCGUAGCGUUGUUGCGCGCGCAGGGGAUUUUGCAUGCAUGCAUUGUGAGCGCGACUCGGCGCCAGCGGUAGAUUACGAGGUACUGUAGGUAACGAGUAAUAGAAUAGACGACACGAGACGAGAUGAGAUGAGAUGAGUGGAUUUGGUGCAAAUCAUGAUCAUAUCAGCUUUGAGUUGUUCAUUCAAAUCCGAUCAUAUUUCUACUGUUCUUGAAGUGCUGAAAGG